AUGCUAGGACGUAAUGGCCAAAAACAAGACGGUGAACUAUGUAACGGAAACUAUCUACUGAUGAACACCGGCAACGAUUUCCAAGCGCUGGCCAACUGUAGCCGCGUAACCGGUUUUGUGGCCAUCAUGAAAAUGAACGCCGCGGGCGGCCCACCCCUGGACACAGUGUCGUUGCCCAAACUCAUCGAGAUCAGCGACUAUCUACUCAUCUACGACAUCGCGCACGUGCGCCACCUGACCAACUGGUUCCCGAACCUGUCGGCCAUUCGCGGCCGUAAGCUAUUCUACGGCUACGCUCUGGUGAUCUACCACUUGCCCAGCGUCCGGCACCUGGGCUUUCCCAGUCUGGGCCACAUUAAGGGUGGCGUACGCGUCGAGAGAGUGCCCCAACUCUGCAUUAGCCGCGAGUCCAACGACUAUAGGCUUUUGGCCAAAGCCAUGGCCAAGCACUCGACGGAACCGUCACAAUCGGUGCCACCGUAUACUGUGCCCAACAAACCGGCGCUCGACGGCCUGCGGGUGACCACUGCCAGUGCGGACAACAUACUGUUGGAGUGGCCGAACGGGACGGCCGGCGCCAAUGGCACCUAUCGGGUGGACGUGCGCCAGAUUUUUGAUUACGGCCGCGAUAUGAACGAUGCGAUUGUCGACAAACGGAGCUGUCAUAUGAACGGCGCGCCCAAUGUGUUGAAUCUGGACGAGCAGCGCAAGUGUCGCCUACGGGCCGACAAAAGUGGCCAAUGGCUGGUGUUUUACUACAUGGGCCACGACCCACACCUCGACGGGUUCGGCACUCUUAUCACUAAAUAUAAUUUUGUUCAACAAUUGUCCCGCGAUAUCAAUAAGUAAGUGCCCGUU